UAGAAAUUUGUUAGGAAAUGUUGACAUGACACACCGUUCUAAAUGCAGCAGAAAAGAGAGAGACAAGGGGUGAAUGAAUAUUUUUGGAACAAAAAUGGCGAAAGAGGAAUCGCCCAACAGAAAGAGUGAGCGAUGCGAGGAAAUGCAUAUUGGAACAAACAUGAGAAUACUGGAAUCGAAGAAGGGAUACAGAGAUAAAGCAUUGCCUGUGCCCAAAGCACAUCAGAGAAGGGAAGAUGAUCGAUUCCACUGAUUUUAGGCUCUGAUACUUCAGAAUAUGUCUAGUAUGAAAACCAGCAUGGAUUUUAUCCAAUGGCUCGGACCUGACUUGUCAAUAAAGGUGUUCUCCUGUUUGGAUGAUCCUGGUGACCUUGUUCGUGUCUCAGCUGUUUGUAGCUCCUGGGAACAUUUUGUUAUUGAGAAUGGCCUCUGCAAGCAACUAUGCUUGAAAAUGAUUCCUGAGGUAUCUGGUGUUGUUCCUAGCAUUGAGUACUACAUGAUUGAACCUGAUAGCGACAAGCGUAAGCAUUAUUAUACAAAAUGGGACUGUCUUAAGAGAAAUCAUAAACUCUAUGCGCACCUAGCUUUUGGUUUCACUCCUAUGAAGAAAAAUUGCAUCGAACACUUCAUUAAAGGAAUUGCAAAUACAUUGGAGCCAAGGGACGAAACUGAAAAUGACCCACCACACGAGACUUUGGUGUAUCGGCUGUGUUCAAAUUUAUGUCUUGUUACGGAGAUUAAUGUCCAACCAUUCCAAGCAUAUUAUGAUAGUGGCUUGCCCAUGUAUACAACUAAGGCUAUCCGGAUUAGAUUGGGUUAUCGGAGACGCGGUGAGGAAAUAGAAUCAAUGACUGCUGUUGAUGAUUCAUUGACUUUUUGUAGGAAAUACGAAUGGAGAUAUACUUCACCGAUAUUUCCAAUGUCUCAGGAAAAUAAGUUGCAAACAUUCAAGCUACCUGAACCUGUUCUGUGUAUUGGAGGCGCGGUGCUAGUGGAGCUGUUUGUUAGACGUCAACAAGAAAAUGUGGAUAAUUUUCUCUACUCAUGGAUUAGAUGGUUUGAUCGUUUAUCCCCUUUUGAAGUUGUUGGAAAAGCAGUUUCUCCAGAAUUUAUUGUGAGGAUUCAUCAAUUUGGAAGCACAAAUGAGAGACAAGGGGUGAAUGAAUAGAGAUGAAAUGAGAUCGCGUGACAUGGAGAAAGAGGAAUCUCAAACAACAGAAAGAGUAAGCAAUGCGAGGAAAUGCAAAUUGGAACAAAAUGAGAGUACUGGAAU